UGUUAGUUAUGUUAGCUGAUUGUUAACUCUAUUAGCUGACUAUUAGCUGACUGUUAGCUAGCAAAAACUUACUUUCAUUUAACAGAGUUAACAAUCAGUUAAUAGAACUAUUCUGUUAGCUGACUAUUAGUUAAUUGUUAGCUGGCAAAAACCUAUUUUCAACUAACAGAGUUAACAGUCAAUUAACAGAAUUAACGAAAUAUUAUUAAAUGAGGGGCAUUUUCUUCAAUUCUAAUAGGUGAGGGGCUAAAAGUGUCAUAGUAUAAGGUGAGGGGUUAAAACCUAUGAAUCUAAUAAGGUAAAGGGCCAAAAGUAGAUUUUUGCCUUACUUUGCAGGGUACCAAAUAUCCAUCUUGUUUGUAGAAUGGUUUUUGAGGCCAAGUCAACCUAACGUCAAAAUCAAAGUUUUUUCUCAAAGCUUAAGUUAUAUGAUUAAAAUGGGUAUAAUGCAGAACCAACAAUCCCUCUAUUGUCUCAAGGGGCUGCAACAAGCAGAAACUCCAACAACAGCAAAUAGAUAUGCUAUUUUUGCAUUGCUGCAAUAGAAAUGAUGGUCACAAUCUCUGUUCUUUAGAACUUUUUUUCUUGGUCAUGUGUUUCCCUGCCUCAUGUGUUCGUCUUUCUGAAGCAUUUAACACAUAGGCCUUUGCAUGCGUGUAAAAUUAUUGAAAAAGGUAACUAGAGCUUUAGUUUAAAUUAUUAUGUUGCUAUGUACUUUAUGAUAUUUUAAGGUUAUAUAUAUCAUGGUUUCUUUUGUUUUCCGGCAACAACCAGAUGCACAAUGUGUAUACAUACAUGAAAUUAUAUAUUGUGCUCAGUAGUGAAUUUGUUUGUGUUAGACUUGGGCUAUCUUUUGCCAGGAGGUCAAGCCAGCCCAACCUUCUUCUUCAUCUUCUUUUUUGAAGAUUUUUCAUUUUACACCCGAUUGAUGUUGCUCUUUUAUUCUUUUGUUGGUUUUGGAUUGAACAGUGCUAAGAUGUAGAGCUUAAAGUCAAAAAAGGCCAGCACAAAGUUGCCUGUUGGUUAGAUUAGCUUGAGGUUUGGCUGGUUAUGAUAUAUUCAUAAAUUGCAGCUUUGUCUUUGAUCAUUAAGAUGAAGCAUUGAAGCCUGAAGCUGGUAAGUUCUCCUUACGUGAAAGAAGGAAUUGCAUGUUUAUACUUUAUGUGGUAUUUGAGGUCUACUUGCAUGUUCCUUGGUCAACCCUAUGUGUGCAUUACCUUUAUGUACCCCUUAUAGCUAUAUAGGGACAGUUCCAUAAUACACUUUCGUAUGCUCAUCUGAUAAAAUUAUCAUUGCAUGAAGCAGCAGGUCUGUAGGCAUGUGGAGAGGGUAUAACUUAAUGCAUAGAAUCUGAAUCUUUACAAGACAAAUUAAUUCUCUUAUAAGACCAUCCAUUUGGUUUCAAAGUUCUAGCUUGCUUUUGUAACUUGAACAAGUGCAGUUAGGGUUUAAAAGAUUCUCUAUUUGUAUGCAUGCAUGUGCAGGCACACAAGUGUCUGUCUGCAUUCUGAUUUCUGAAAGAUAUGCCUGGUUCGUUAAAUUACA